AUGGUUACAUUAGCAUCUACUUACGUCGGGGCGGAACCGGCUGAGACAGUUGAUAGGUACGACAAGAAACAGAAGAAAGAAAUAACUAUACCCUGUCCAAAUAUUAUUAAAGACUAUAACGCCUUUCUUGGGAAGAGUCCUUGUGUAACUAAAAAAAGUAUUGAAAAGAGAACAUCUAGUAGCAAUAUUGAAAAACAAUUAGAAGCGAAAAAACCUCGCCGUAAACCACUGAACACUGUACUUGUAAAAGAUGUGAGAACGGAUGGUGUUGACCAUAACGAGAAAAGAUGUGAAAAGAAAAAUUGA